AUGGACACACCGUUAUGGCACCGACAAAACCAUUCAAAAACCGUCAUCCAACAAAAUCAUUUAACAACUGCCGUUGAUAAUCAAACCGACGCGUCUUCACUCCAACCACCGUCUCGCCCGUCCGCUACCAACGACAACAGAGAGGCGGUGAUCACUAAUCACAGAGGAAGUUUGAUGACGGUAGCGGUUGUUCUCCGGCGACGCGCACGUUCUUUGCCUCAAAGACCAACUUUUCCAGUGCCGGUUUCGGCAACGAUCUUCAAAUGCUUCACCAUCACGGUUCAAACAGAUGAGAAGGAUGCUGAUGGGCGUGGUGCUGGGGUUUGGGAUGGGUUAUGGGCGACCCAUUUUCUUUGGAGGUUCAAGGACAGUCAGGGUGGCUUUAUGGAAUGUCUACAGACAGAUGUCAAGGGCUUGCUAAGUCUUUACGAAGCUUCACAUCUUGCGUUUAUGGAAGAAAGUGAUUUGCAAGAUGCGGAGUUAUUUGCGGCCAAACAUUUGCUAAAACUUAAGGGUCAAGAAAAUGAAGCACUUGAACAUAUAAACCACACAUUAGAAUUCCCCUUGUAUCAUAGAAUGCUUCGAUUGCAAGCAAGGUGUUACAUUGAUGCAUGCAAUAAACGACAAGAUGCAAAUCUUCUUCUACUAGAGCUUGCAACAUUAGAUUUCAACAGUAUUCAAGCGGCAAACAAAACAGAACUUAAAGAAGUGUCAAAUUGGUGGAAUGAUAUAGGCCUGGCACACAAGUUAGGCUUCGUUAGGGAUCGACUUGUGGAAUGCUUCUUUUGGACAGUGGGGAUGGUUUUCGAACCCCAAUAUCAUUCUUGCCGUGUAGGGCUGACUAAAGUCGGCACCUUAAUUACUGUCAUUGAUGAUAUCUAUGAUGUUUAUGGUUCUAUAGAUGAAUUGGAGAUCUUCACUGAUGCUGUAAAGAGGUGGGAUAUUAAUGCAAUGGAACAUAUGCCCAAGUAUUUACAACUAGGCUUCAGAGCUCUUUUCGAUACUAUUAGUGAAAUGGGUUGUAUUACUUCAAAUGCACCAGAAGAAGACAUCACACCGAUCCUAGUAAAAGUGGUUAAAUUACUGGAAACAUUCCUUGUGGAAGCAAAGUGGACUCAUGACAAAUACAUUCCAACACUUGAAGACUAUCUUGAUAACGCAUGGCGGUCGGUUUCAGGAGUGGUUAUACUUACACAUGGAUACUUUUUAAUUAAUGAAGAAAUCAACAAAGAUGUUGUUGACACCUUGGAGAAGUAUCAUGAUCUUAUGAAAUGGUCAUCAAUGGUUUUUCGACUUUACAACGAUUUGGCUACUUACUCGAAUGAGAUACAAAGAGGUAAGAAUGUAAAUGUGAUAUCAUGUUACAUGCACGAGAGUGGUGUUUGCGAGGAAGUUGCCCGUGUAUAUCUAAAGACUUUAAUUGAUCAAGCAUGGCGGAAACUGAUCAAAGUGCACUUGGCUUGUUCUCGAGAGUUGGCGAACCCAUUUAUUGAUAUGGCAAUUAAUCUAGCUCGAAUUUCUUGUUGUACAUACCAAUAUGGUGAUGGACAUGGAGCUCCUGAUGCUCGAGCCAAAGAUCAAGUUUUGUCCGUGAUUAUUGAGCCCAUCACAAUCAGAGAAUAUUAAAGACAUAAACUCAUUUGAAUACCAUAAUAUUUUUAGGAAGGACUGUAACAUCCGUGAAAAAACAGAUCGUAGAAAAACCCAACUCAUUGGUAGUUCGGAUUUUUCACGUAAUGAAUAAGAUGGAAUUUUUAUCUA